AUCACCGGGACGACUUCGGACGACCCCUCAGCCACGCGCGUCGUCGACAUCUUCUACAUCGACGAGCGCGCCUACGAGGGCCUCCCUUACACGCUCUUCCACCGCGACAGCGGCUCGGUGGUCGGGGUCACGGACGACGUGACGACGUUCGCGAUCACGACGACGCGGGGCGACCGGCGGCCGCGGCCGACGCACAGCCGCACCGACAACGUGACGACGGGGAUACCGACGCUGACGUCGUCGCCGCCCAAGCCCGACUUGACGGGCGAGCCGAGCAUCAUCACGCAGGGGCCCGGGACGUUCGAGUUCACGGGCGCGCGCUUCGGCGGCGCCAACCACACCGUCGUCAACCGGUGCAGCCUCAACGGCACCGCCGGCGCCGCCUGCAAUCUCACCCACGUCGGCAGCAUCUGGUACACGUCCGACCCGGACUGGAACGGCACCUUCUCCACCUACAGCUACAACUGGACCAGCGGCGACCGCUUCGGCUUCGCCCCUGUCACCAUCACCGCCGGCGUCGACAAGAUGGGCCCGCCCUCGUCGCCGUCC